AACCCACCCAAGCAAAGGAAGACCUCCGAGGGCAACCCUGCAAGAUCCCCUGCCCUUGGACUCCGACCCCGACUCCGGCCCGGCGGCGUGCUUCUUCCCCGCUCCGCCUCUAAUCUCCGCCCCGUCCGGGGGCGCCGACGACCCGGCGCUCGUCUUCCUCCUCCCUCGACCAAGGCAGGCAGGGUUUCUUCCUGCCAGUAGCCAUGUUGGAGAAGAUCGGGUUGCCGCCCAAGCCGUCGAUGCGAGGGGCGACCUGGGUGCUGGAUGCCUCCAACUGCCAGGGCUGCGCCGCUCAGUUCUCCUUGUUUACACGGAAGCAUCAUUGCCAAAGAUGUGGAGGCCUCUUCUGCAGCAGUUGCACCCAGCAGAGGAUGGUGUUACGUGGACAGGGUGACUCACCUGUUCGAAUUUGUGAUCCUUGCAAAAAACUCGAGGAAGCAGCACGCUAUGAGUUGAGAUACGGACACAAAAAUAGAGCCGGAAAAGCUAACACAAAAACAGCUUCUAAACCAGAGGAUGAAAUACUUAGUGAACUUCUUGGAGGUGAUAGUGUGCACGGUCAGCUUUCUCGUAGGGAAUCUCUGGGUUCUGAGGUUCCUGGGAGAACCGUAAGCACUGCCAGUGCAUCCAGUUCUGGUUCCAGAAAAGCCAGUAUGGAUGGGAAUGGUGAUGGAAGCCUUUCCACUGAAGCACAAAAUUAUGAACUCAACAACACUGCGUCCAUUUUUACUCCGGAAGAACUGCGUCAACAAGCAGUAGAGGAGAAGGGAAAGUACAAAAUACUGAAGUCAGAAGGAAAACCUGAGGAAGCACUGCGGGCGUUCAAGCAUGGUAAAGAGCUUGAGAGGCAAGCCGCAGCACUUGAAUUAGAAUUGAGAAAGAGCAGGAGAAUGGCGACAAAAGCUCCCAAUGUUAGUGCCAUUGUUGGUACCCAGAAGAUUGAGGAUUAUGAUGACGCUGUAACAAAAAAGGCUCCAAGUGGGAAAAGGGUUAGAAAAGAAAAGAAUGAUCUUGCUUCUGAACUCAAAGAUCUAGGCUGGUCAGAUGCAGAUCUUCAUGAUGAAACAAGGCCAACUGCUAUGAGUGUUGAAGGAGAGCUGUCACAGAUUCUUAGAGAAGUAGCACCAAAGACAUCAGAGGGCAAGAAAGCUGGUGGUAUUGACAAAUCCCAGGUUAAUGCUCUGAAGAGACAGGCCCUAGUUCUGAAGCGCGAAGGUAAACUUGCUGAAGCAAAGGAAGAGCUGAAGAAGGCUAAAAUUUUGGAAAGACAACUGGAAGAACAGGAAAUUCUGGGCGAAGCAGAAGAGUCUGAUGAUGACUUGGCUGCAAUUAUUCAUAACAUGGAUGAUGAUAACCAGGACGACAUAUUAUAUGACAAUUCAAGACUACCUGCUAUCAAUUUCGAACAAAUUCUGGCUGUCUCUGAUGAUCUUAACUUUGAUGGCAAUUUCGAUGUUACAGACGAUGACAUCAAUGACCCAGCUAUGGCUGCUGCCCUAAAAUCAUUUGGUUGGAGUGAAGAUGAUGACAACCAAAUGGACAGCCAUGCACCUGUUUCUUCUUUGAAUCGAGAGGCAGUAAAGGAACAAGUGCUUGCUCUGAAAAGAGAGGCUGUUUCUCACAAGAAGGCUGGUAAUGUUGCAGAGACCAUGUCAUUGCUUAAAAAGGCAAAGCUACUUGAGAAGGAUUUGGAAACUGAACAGCCAGAGUCGGAGGUCCUUUCUCCAGGACAGAAAAUCACACACACUGAAGAUAUCAGAGUCACAGAGAUUAACACGCGUCGUGUAUCAGCACCGAAAAGUAAGCUUGCAAUUCAGAGGGAGCUGCUAGCUCUGAAAAAGAAGGCACUAGCGUUGAGAAGGGAAGGAAAGGUGGAUGAAGCCGAGGAAGAGUUGAAGAAAGGCAGUAUUCUUGAGAAGCAACUCGAAGAGCUUGAAAGCUCUUCCAAUAGACCCGUAGCCAGGGAAAACAUGGGCUUUAGUUCAAAGUCCCCACUCAUUGCUGAACCCCCUAGUCUGGAUUUUGCUGAUGAAGGCUAUGAACCUGAGGUGACAGACAAUGACAUGCAGGAUCCAGCAUUGCUGUCUGUGUUGAAAAAUAUGGGAUGGGAAGAUGAUGAUAAUGAUUCUGUGAAAACAACAGAUAAACCAUUGAAUCGUUCACCUGUAGUUGCUCAGAAGCCAAAGAAGAAUAAGGGUCAGAUUCAGAAGGAAUUGCUUGCUAUCAAAAGGAAGGCUCUUGCAUUUAGGCGGGAAGGGAAGAACACAGAAGCUGAAGAGGAACUAGAGAAGGCGAAGGUCUUGGAGGAGCAACUGGCGGAGAUAGAAGAAUUGGCUAACUCAACUGCUUCUCAAAAAGGUUCAGGUCCUGGUGAACAUGAGACUACGGAAAACAAAAAUGAUAUUCAACAUGUCCCUAAUGUUCAUGCUACUGCAUCUUCAAUAAGACAUACAUUGAAGGAGGAUGUUUUGUUGCCAGUGAAUGCAGCUGAACUUAGUGCGUCAAUGGACGCUGUAGCUAGUUCUGGAAGCAAACCACAAACUGAAACAGUCAUUUCUCAACCUGCCCACAAAUCAAAGGUAACUAGUGAUGGAGCAUACUCAGCCUUCUCCAGGUCACCUAUCGCUGAUCAGUUGCAAACUGCAGAAGCAUCACAUUCACCUUCUGAUGUUGAUCAUAAAGAACCUCCGAAGCCACAUGGAGGCGACACACUCAGAGAUGAUAUCUUACUCCAUAAGAGAAAAGCAGUUGCUUUUAAGAGAGAAGGGAAGUUGGCAGAAGCUAGAGAAGAAUUGAAACUAGCAAAACUCUUAGAGAAGCGUCUUGAAGCCCCUCAACAAGACAGUGAGGAUGGUGCACAUGAGUUAGCCACAUCAGCUGUGCAGCAGAGCAAUUCGAUCCAGCAGUCUGCCAGCGUCACCACCCACACCGGCCCGUUGACCUAUGCCCCUCCAGCACAGGAGAACAAGUCCGUUGAGCCUCAAAAGGCAAUGUCCAGCCGAGACCGUCUCAGAAUCCAGCGUGAAUCCCUCACUCACAAGCGCAACGCCCUCAAGUUGAGGAGAGAAGGAAAGACUGCGGAAGCAGAUGCGGAAUUCGAAUUGGCCAAGUCACUAGAGAGCCAACUGGAAGAGUCAGAUAGCCAGGGUUCAAACUCUGGAGGAAAGUCUGAAGCAAGUGACGCGUUUGUGGAAGAUCUUAUUGAUCCUCAAAUGAUGUCUGCCCUGAAAUCCAUCGGCUGGAGCGCAGCUGACCUGUCCACGCAAUCUCCGAGCCCUCAACCUUUGGUGAAAGCAGAGGCAAGGCCAACCGUCGCAGCCACAAGCAAGGUUCAGACAGAGAAAAGCCAGCUCGAGGAACAGAUAAAGGCUGAGAAACUGAAGGCCCUCACCUUGAAGCGCGAAGGGAAGCAGGCAGAGGCUCUGGAGGCCCUUCGCUCAGCAAAGCGCCUGGAGAAGAAGUUGGUCUCACUCAGCUAAGUCCAUCAUCGCCUUCCUUACCUGACAAUUUUUGUUUGGUAAGUCAUCCCAGAUGAUAGUUUGUCUAAUAAGGGUGUAAUACUGUAAUGCAUGUCUGAAUAAGUAGCAGAAGGCUUAUAACUUGUGAGCCAUGUGCACAGCACCUUUGGCUCUGUGUAUAUGUAAAAAUGUACUGUAGCAAUUGAAAAUGUGGGGCACGAUUGUUUUCGCAA